UGCGGGAGCGGAGUCCGCACACAGACAGCGGCGGAGCCCGGGCUGGCGGGCAGCGACCGAGGGCGGUAGGCAGGACUCGCUGGGCAGGGUCCGGCCAUCCCCCUCCUCCCUCCUUUCCUUCCUUCCUUCCUUCCCUCCCUCCCUCCUCCUCCUCCUCCUCCCUCCGGUAGUGUUGGGCGCCCCGCCGCCAUGGCCGGACCGGUGUGCGAGCUCCUGGGAGAGCGGCUGACCGACCGACACCAAGCCGAGGUGGAGAGCUCCCCGCUCGGCUCGGACGGCCGGCUGCUCGCCCUCUACUUCGGCUGUAGUUGGAGCGCUCCGUGCCAGCAGUUCACCGCCGCCCUCGCCGACUUCUACGGCCGCUUCAAGCAGGGCGAGAACGCCGACAAACUGGAGGUCGUGUUUAUCAGCUCCGAGGAGGAGCACAAACCCUGGCUGGAGUUCGUGGCCCAGAUGCCCUGGUUGGUGCUGCCCUUCCAAGACAAGCAGAGGAAGCUGAAGCUCUGGAGCAAGUACAAGGUGACCAACAUCCCCACCCUCAUCUUCAUCGAGGGCAGCACCGGGAGGAUCGUCAGCAGGAACGGGCAGCUGAUCAUUCGGGAUGACCCGCAGGGGUCCGAGUUCCCCUGGGGUCCCAAGUCGUUCGGCGAGGUUAUGGCCGGCUCUCUGAUUAAGAACAGCGGGCAGAUGGUGAACAGCAGUGACCUGGAUGGCAGUUAUGUUGGCAUUUACUUCUCUGCACACUGGUGCCCUCCUUGCAGAAGCCUCACCCGCGUCCUCGUGGAGACGUAUCGCAAAAUCAAGGAGUCAGGGCAGAAGUUCGAGAUCGUUUUCGUCAGCGCCGACAGGUCAGAAGAUUCCUACAAACAGUAUUUCAGUGAGAUGCCUUGGACAGCUGUACCGUACACUGACGAAACCAGAAGGUCCCGGCUCAACCGACAUUACGGUAUACAAGGCAUUCCAACUCUUAUCAUCCUGGACCAGGAGGGGAAGAUAAUCACUCGGCAGGGGAGAGCAGCCGUGCUCAAUGACAUGGAGUGCAAAGAGUUUCCGUGGCAUCCGAAACCGGUAUUAGAACUUACAGAGUCCAACGCCGUGCAGCUGAAUGAGGGGCCCUGCCUGGUUCUGUUUGUGGAUUCGGAAGAGGAGGAACUGGAGCCAGCAAAACAACUGAUCCAGCCAAUUGCGGAAAAAAUUCUCUCAGAGCACAAAGGAAAGGAGGAAGAUCCCCCAUUGUUGUUCUUUGUUGCAGGAGAGGACGACAUGACAGAAUCGCUGCGGGACUUCACCAACCUCCCAGAGUCGGCGCCACUGCUCACCAUCCUGGACAUGUCGCAGAGGGCCAAGUACGUGAAAGAUGUGGAGGAGAUCACGCCGGCCAUCGUGGAGGAGUUUGUGAGGGCUUUUCUGAAGGAAAAGCUAAAACCAGAACCCAUCUGAAGGAGAAUAUUUAAUACUCUCACCUGAUUCCUGUUCUAUUUAAAUCAUAAAAAAAAACAAUUUAAAAAAAAAGGUCUUUCUAACUCUUGAAUUUCUACUCGUUUUAACAUUGUGGUGAUAAGCACAGCUGUGCUGGAGACUUGCUGGCGUCUCCUGCCUCUGCUUUACCGGGUCUUGGUGUGAAGGUAGCUCGAGCUCCAUUCCUCCACCGGCACUGACAGUCCGUGACAAUCCAAGCUAACCAAGGCUUGGGCCUCGCCUCCUCUCUUCUGAAGCUGGAAGCAGUUAUCUCAGCAGAAGCAAGCGGCUGAAUAUUCCACACACCUCUCCUCCAACCCAAUGCAAACUGCGUUCUCAAACCGAGACCAACCUCAGCCUUCAGCUCACUCAAAUAUUGACCCGCCUUAGGCUCUUCAGGAGAGGCUCCCAUCACCCGGUCAAUUAAAGGUUGGAUUUUAUGCCGCUUCAUUUUUAUAUUCCCUCUUUUUAUGUAAUCUGGUCCUGUUACGAUGUUUUAAAUUAUUGCAAGUUCAGCCCAAUAAACAUGGCAGCAGUCA